UGUUGAAUCCAACCAAAAGUGAACCAGUCGAAGCAGAGUUUAUUGAUUACUGCAAAGUGAAAUCGCAACCACAGCCAGCAACAACAAUCAGUGUUCUUCAAAGAUACGCUCAGACUUGGCUGGCUGAAGCUAUCAUUGAUCCCUGCUGUCAGUGGUCUAAAAAAACGUUUGCGUCACAGUCAUUACCAGCUCUAUAAAAGAUACAGUGAUGCAGAUUCCACUGUGUCGACCCAGCAACUCUAUUACAGUUAGAGCUGCCUGUUUCGCAAGUCAUGAGUUCCAUUGCUUACGACCCUUACUUUCCCUCCUCUUCACACAAGAGGAGGGUGAUGCUGCGCAGUGGAGGAUAUGGAGACAGUGCAGGAGGGAUGGCAUCCAGGUCGGUGUAUUCCAGCCACUCUGCCCCCCUCUCAUACCAUGGGCCAUCCCGACUGCAUUACCCAACAUACAGCCGUAGCUCCUCCAUGCUGCUCUCUACCCCCAGAUCUGCUGCCGCUGCUGAACUCGACAUCAGCCAGGCGGUGCAGGUGAGCACUGAGUUCAAGGCCGUGCGGACGCAGGAGAAAGCCCAGCUACAGGAGCUGAAUGACCGCUUUGCCAGUUUCAUUGAGCGCGUCCACGAGCUGGAGCAGCAGAACAAGGUGCUGGAUGCUGAACUGCUGAUCCUCAGGCAGAGGCAUGGCGAGCCCUCCCACCUCAGGUCCCUGUAUGAGCACGAGAUCCGCCAGCUCCGUGCUGCUGUGGAGGAGGCCCGCGAUGAGAAACAGGCUGCCCAGAACCACAGGGACCAGAUGGAGGAGGUGCUGCAGAGUCUGCAGGGACGUUAUGAAGAGGAGGUAGUGAGCAGGGAAGAGGUGGAGGGGCAACUGAUGGAUGCCAGGAAAGGGGCGGAUGAGGCUGCUUUGGGCCGUGCUGAGCUGGAGAAGAGGACGGAGACGCUGCUGGAUGAGCUGGCCUUCCUGAAACGUCUCCACGAGGGGGAGAUAGCUGAGCUGCAGGCCCAGGUGCAGUACAAUGCCCAGGUGUCCGUGGAGAUGGAGGUGGCCAAGCCAGACCUGUCUUCAGCCCUCCGAGACAUCCGUGUCCAGUAUGAGAAACUGGCACAUCGCAACCUCCAGUCAGCCGAGGAAUGGUUCCGCAGCAAGGUGAGUGUGAUGACAGAAGGCACCGCCCGCAACACAGACAACAUUCGCAAUGCCAAAGAAGAUGCCGGGGAGUACCGCCGCCUGAUUCAAACACGGAACCAGGAGAUUGAAGCCUGCCGUGAUAGGAACCAGUCCCUGGAGAAUCAGUUACAGGAGGUAGAGGAGGAACAGAGUGCUGAGAUCGCAGCCCUACAGGAAUCAAUUGGCCAGCUGGAGGACGAGUUGAGGACAACCAAGAAUGAAAUGGCUCAGUACCUGAAGGAUUAUCAAGACCUCUUGAAUGUUAAGAUGGCUCUGGACAUCGAGAUCGCAGCUUACAGGAAGCUGCUUGAAGGGGAGGAGAAUCGCUUCAGUGCAGUAGGACCAGGGGCAAUGUCCAGUGUCUAUUCCCAAAGCCUGUGUGUUGCCCCAUCCCGCAACCGCCCCAUGUUUUCCAUGCAGUCCAGCCUGACCUCUGGUGCCCCCUACCUACGCAUGUACAGCUCAUCAUUCUCCUCUGCAGAUGAUAUUAUAGCUGCUAGUCAAGCACAGCCUGCUGAGUCAAGUCCUCAGGAGGAAGAGGAGGAGGAAGGAGAGAAGGGAGACGAGGAAGCAAAGGAAGAGGAUGUUGAGGAAGAGAAAAAAGCAGAAGAUGACAAUGGAGAUAUGAAGGAAGAGGCAGAAGAGGAGGCUAAAGAAAAUGGAGACGGUGGAGGAGAUGAAAACCAAGAAGGUAGAGAUGGAGAGGAGGAUGGAGCCAAUGAAACAGAAGAAGGGCAUGAUAAGGGAGAAGAGGAUGAAAGCAAAAAGGAAGUAGAAGUGGUAGAGGAAAAAGAGAAGCCAAAGGACAAAAAUAUUUAAAUCAAGAUUCUGAUGAAUGACACAUUGAUUGUCCCAUAUUGAGGUGCUCUACAAAAAGAUCCAUUAGUUCAGUACAAUCAAUCAGGAAACCAUUGUAUACAGCAGAGGCCUUUAUGUUUGUGUGCAAAGAGGUAGUAUGGCUAUACACUGAGUGAAGCAAAAUAUGACAGUGUAUGCAUGUGUGUGCCAGCAAGGCCAUAAAUAAUAAAAAGCAAAUACCUGUAUAUGAAAUACAUUAAAAUAAAUGCAAUAUGAGUGCACUAUGGGUGAGAGAAAUGAGAAAGAAUGUGUGGAGUUUUGUGAGCAAAUACUGUAUUGUAUUAGCCUAAGAAAUAUUUGUUUGAAAAAUCUAUGUGCAUUUCUGUCACCACAAUAUGCAUAUAAGAACACCACUGUGUUCAAUAUACUUGAUUUUCAAUGCCUUAGACAUAUUCGUAGUGGGAUCAAUGAUGUACUGUACUGAACACAAAUAAAGACUUAAAACAUGUCCAUCUGAAUAAA